CUGCUGGCUUCACCCAAUCAUCUUUGCCUUGUCUGCCGGCUGAGCUAGACUAAUGUUGGCCUGACAUUCAUCCCAACUUGUGAGUGUGUUAUUGCUGAGGCAGAGAGAAGUGAAGAGAAGAAAAGAGAAGAGAAGAGAAGAGAAGAACAACGGGUCAUGCAACAUUGCCACAGUCUGUUACCUACAUGCAGGCGUGCUUGAUCAUCAUUGAAUUUACAGUGGAUUUUCAUGCAGGCUAAAUGUACAGACUCAAAUUUGGAGUCUCUGAGGAACUAAAUUGAAACACGACAGGAAAGAAAACCUAAGUUGUGGAUCAAACCCCAAUGCAGUUAAGGUACCAAAGAUUAGAGCCAACACAUUAAGCAGAUAAACUGUCAGAAUACCUAUUUGUCAUAAAUCAAGUAUAGGAGCCUAUGGGGAAGCAAGGGAGAAGUCAACUUAUCACACAUUAAAGAUAUUUGGUAAGGCGCUGACAUAAACAAUACUGACGAAAUGUAACAACAUUGACGUUGUCAACUAACAGUCUUGCUGGUAGAUACACAGCACAAACAAACCAGGAGAAUAUUUCUUUUUUUUAUCUAUCACUGCCAACAAAGCCUUCCCUGAUAACACCUUUACUGUACAGCAACAAAGUGGGAGUUUCACUUACGAAAGUAAGAGAUACUAGUUUCUAAUAACACUUCAAAAAGCUUUUAAAACAAUGCCAUUAAAAGUAGGCACCGCUGCACUGAUUUGUGAAAGCGUUAAAAAAACUUUGCCAAGAAAAUAAUUCCAUCACUGUGACUUAUAAAUAGAUAUAUGACAGCUACAUGUAUAUGGCACCAUCAGUAUAUGAACAAGGCAAACCAGCAUAAAUGCUCAUAUUCAAUGUGACUGCUUGUUGGGAAAUGUAGUCUCUAUGGAACUGUUUAUUCAUAAGAAGAAUUCACUUGGGCUAUAGUGAGAAACAGUUUGGUACCACAUUCAAGGAAGCAAGGAAUACAUACUAGAGCUGGUAACAAAAGAGAGAAGGAAGUUUCCCCAAUGAAGACAAUUUCAGUGUCCUGUUCCAAGCAAUGUUAACAUAAAAGCUCACAGAUUGAACUUCUCUGACUCAAGAUUACAGACCAAAUGGGUGCAGGUGCCGUUUACUGAAGAGGUCUAUGCAAGGGUUAAAGCAAUCAACUCUGAACAACUGACUUCUGAUAGGAAACAUCUGGGAGUAGAGCAAGGAGAUUGUCUAAGGAACUAUCCCUGCUGAUUCUGCUGAGAAUAAGUGUUACUUCUUCCUCAUGAAAAUAUAUCCUGUGACUUAAUUGUGAAGAAAGAGGAAUUCAAAUGGACAUAACACCUAAUGAAAAUCCACCCUGCUACUUAAUUGUGAAAAAAGAGGAUUUCAAACAUAACACUGGUGGAUGGACAGACAGAGAGAAUCCCCCCAUGUGUUCAAUUAUAGGAUCUUCCUACACAUCUAUAGAUAAUCUGAAAUCAAGGAGACAUCAGCAGGACAUGAACAGAUAUUACGGACAAUAAUCUCAAGGUUGUGACAGACAAAGAUCAGUUUGCUUAAAAGACUCUUAUCUGGAAACAAAACCAGGAAGUAAAACCAGAUACCUUAGACACACGGAGAUAUAGAUUGGAAUCAUCACUGAGGAAGUGGGAUAAAAGCUCUAGAAGAUCUAUUCACACAAUUCUGAGAAGCAGUUAUAAAGUCCAGGUUUUAAUGACUAAAACAUUUCCAAGAUAACAAUCAUAAAAGAAACUAAAUACAAAUAGUUGAUUCCCAUGUCUGUAAUACAGUGAAGGGACAUGGACUAAGAUGCAAAACGCUCACUGGCCAGGAAGAAAACACAUCACAGUGAUACUUCAAGGCAAUGGCAGAAAUCACAUCAAGUAAAAACCCGAUUUCCUGCAAUAGAUUCAGGUAAUCUGGGCAAUUUAACAAAUAAUAUAUCAUAACUGUCUGGAUUGGUAAAGAUAGUAAUUUGUGCAUGAAAAAGAAGUAUAUAUUUCAUGUACUAACUGCUUUCAAACAUUCAUUUUUAAAUCAACUUCAAAAUGACUGCCUGCAUAACGAAGAACAGAAAGCCUAUCAACGCAUGUGACAGUUGAUAAAACAUUGAUUCAGAGAUCAUCCCACACUGCUAGGUGCCUCAUACUGGAUGGAUGAGACAAACCAAGAAGGUUGAAUUCAAUAAAAAGAGGCUUCUGAAUAGAUAAAAUAGUCAAAAUGACAAGUAAAAUGGAGGGGGAGGUUUUCCACCACCUGGCAUCUGAGAAAUCAGCAAAGUAUUUGCUGGGAAUCCAGAACCUUAGCCAGUCGGAGUCAACCUCCAUCAUCUACGACAGGUCAGAAAAUCACACAGUGGCCGACGUUGAUGAGCACGAGUACUUUGCAUUUUUCACCGUCACCAUGUGCGUGCUGGCAUGCAUAGGUGUCGUAGAAAACCUUCUUUCGUUGCUGUGUCUACUUCACAUACGAAAACCAUGGCAACCGUUCCAUUAUCUGCUAAUCAACUUGGCUUUGUCGGAUCUCAUCUUAAGUGUACUCAUUGCCCUGAGUACAGGGGUAUACUACACUGUGCAGCUGAAACUGGCCAGAGGUCCUGAAGUGUUGUGUGCUGCCUUUGUUCUAGCUGAUGCCUCUUACGUGUUUUUAAUCACGCCGCUUCUCGUGACAUCAGGCUUUGUGAUUAAUCAGUACUUGUCUGUGACAAAGGCGCUGGAGUACGAUAGGAUCGUCACGGAAAGGAGAGUCAACUUAUUCAACAUCUUCUGUUAUGGUCUUACAGCAUUUUUCUACGUUGUCAUGCAUCUUAGUUAUUACAUUGCAAAAUUACCAGCCGAUUGUUUCUCACAUUACUCUGAAAUGCCUUACUACCACGUUGGCCAGUGCUACCUAGUUGGUGUCAUAUUUAUCGCAACGACCUCUAUCGACAUUAUACUGUAUCUACAACUCUACACCAAGAUAAGGAGAAUAUCUCAUGGGGACAAUGCAGCGCAGCAUAAAGUGAACAAAACGAUAGCCUUGCUGCUGGGGACAAUCAUUUUGUUUUGGGUUCCUGGGAUUGCUAAUGCCUUUGUCAAUGCUCAAAUGAGUCCUCAAGGUGAAGGUGAACCGCAAGUCAAAAUCAUUGUAGGGGGUGUCACUAAUCUUAUUAUGAUUCUCAAUCCUCUGUGUGAUCCUUUUAUUUACGGCCUCCGAAUGCCAGAUUUUCGCGAAGGGUGUCGACGCCUCAUAGCUCGCUGUUGGGAGAAAUGUGGCUGCUGUGAACGCUGCCCCGAAAGGAGUGAGAUUUGUAAAGCUAAAACCAAGCUUCAUAAAUAUACAGACUCUAAUCAGAUUACUGAUACGAUGUGUAUAACUGUCAAUCAAAUCAAUGAUUGACAGGACGCACACUCUCUAGCAGACAGAAGACAACAACAACAGCAGCAGCAUCAAAAUGACACAGCUUCCAAAAUGGCUGCAAAUUCCACCAUGGUGGCUGCCAAGUAUAAAGACUGGGAAGCUCAAAGUAUUGAACUUACCCCUCUUUAUGCUAAUAAUAACGGUGCCCAUCAUCAACCUUCUGCAGAUAACGCACAAGAUGACCCAGGCAAUGUAACAGUCAUUUUCCAUUCAGAGCAGGAUGCUGCUGAGAUUAAUAAAAUGGUAAAUGGACAUGACUCUAUAUUCAAACAUGAAAGUGAAACAAUUUCUUGAUCAUGAGCAUGAAUGUUUUUGGCUUCCAAACGGUAUGAUUCAUGGGUAUAAAUAUACAUAUACAUCUUGAUAAAAACUGUAAAUGAAUGUCCUAACAAGAAUACAUCAAAGACCUUUAAUUUCCACUAAUGACAUUCCAUAUGUUCACCAUAAUGAAUGGUUUGUCCAUAAGCAAUACCACAAUCUUGACAUGAGCAUCAACUUUAGGACAUAGAUUCAGAAGAUAAUACAUUAUCAUUUUCAUCUUUAUUUCUGCGAGAAAAUCAAUAACAGAAGCAAAUUGUCACUUUUAACCAGCCUUUCCCCAAUCAUGCUAUUAAUCCUCUCCAUUGAAAUUGGCCAAUUUCAAAGCUGAUCAAAAAGGUAAAAAACCAAUUUUAGGAACAGUGAAACUAGACAAGCAAGGAAAAUAAAGCCAUUAUAAUAGUCAAAAAGUAUAAAUUGCAUUUGGCAAAUCCUUGGGGGAUAUAUUUGAUUGCUUACUGUGCUGUACUUUUAUAUUCGGCACUGAUUUUUGCAGUCAAUUUUUCUAAGUAAUUGCCAGCUCUUUAUCAGUCAAGUAAUUCAACUGAUCCCAAACUGACCAAGAUAGGAAGCCAAAGAAAAUGAAAAUCAAAGUUCUACGAGGACAAUUCUUUACAAGAAGUCAUUGAUCAAGAAGUAUAAAUUAUCUAUGAAUGAAAAUUAUCAAACACAAGCCAAAAAAAAAAAAUGUUGAUACCAUUAGCAUACGGCCAACCUGGAUAAAGGCCUUCAUCAGACUGAUGUGAGUAGAUGUUGUUACUCAAUAUAGAUGUUGUAAGCUAAUGGUAUGAAGGUUUUUCAACUUGGGUUUGAUAAUUUUCAAUUAUGAUCAACCUACCAAGCUAAUGAACAUUUUUGCUUAUAAAUUAUCUAUUUUGAAAUAUAGAGAUGACCAUUUAGGUGCCUUCUGUCUGUUAGAGAGUGUGAGACUUUCAAAGACAGCUACAUAUACUAUAUGUUUUAGUCACUAUGUUCAACAUUUUUAGUCUUUGAGCAAACAUGACUUUGAGUGUUUACAAUUAUAAGAUCACUUUUAAAUAGCAAAAGUGCUUUUUAUAUAUGUAUCAAUCUGUAUUUCAUGAUUGUUAUAGAUUUACUUAAGCUUUUACAAAUAUUGACUUAUUAAUGUACAAAAUCACAGCAAAACUUUCACUGGGUCGUAUAUGACAUCUGUUUUACUCUUAAAAGCAAGGACCAUAUGACAUAAUUUCAAUCUGGUAAUAGUUUGCAAUAUUAGGUGCACUGGCAUUUACUUGUGCCUAAAACAGAUUAACUUAAUAUUUGAGCUUGCUAAUAGCCUACACUUGUAUGUUAACAGUUCCCAAUGAGUAAAACUUAGCAUUACAUUCAGAAAUAAUCCAUUAUCCUUGUUGAUGCAACUUACAGCAACAAUGAUAUAUCAACAUCAUCAAAAGCACUCUGUAUGUGCCAUAUCGCUGUGGUAAUAUAUCAAAACAGAUGGCAAUGUAACCAUUUGCAAACAAUGUGGCAUGAAACAAUAAUAAACUACCCAUGCUCUCAAACAUACAGUACACAGGCCCGUAGCUAGGGGGGGUUCGGGGGGUUCGAAGGAACCGCCCCUUUUGCUGGGAAA